AUCCAAGGGAGAAAAACAUCGUUCAUAUUUAAGCUGGACUCAGAAAUACAAUCAGCAGUUCUAUUGUCCAUGCCUGGCAGAAAAAUCCUCAACCGAGUCUCACUCAAUACUUCUCAACAAAUUUAAAUUUUUACGAAAAUUAUAUCAGCUCAUUAUAAUUGCGUUAUGGUUUAGUGAAACGGGAAUACUUUUUACAACAUAUAAACAGGAGUACACUAUCGGUCAGAUCAUCUUCACUUUAUUUCGAGUGCGACCAGGAGUAUAAAAAGCUGGAAUUUUCGAAAUGAAUUUGAAGAUCAAAUGCACCCUCCAAGCAGUACUGAGCAUUGCUACAAUGUGGCAUACGAUCAACGCACAGGGUCUGAAUCCCGACAGGGGUGUAACAUUUCACCUCCGCGCCGUCUGUGCCCCCUACCAACUUGAACUCGCCAAGAACGGCCACAACUCCUGCAACAACAAGGUGAUUGACGAGAUGCACGAUUACGCCGAGAACGUGUACCUGCAGGGGUACAACCGAGACCUGGUCGAGGAGUACCUGAAGCUGUCUCAGACCGGUGAACUUUGUUACUCAGAGGGUAUGAGGGUACACCAGAUCACCGGAAGUUGUGACUGCAUGAACAAGGUCUGCGAUCGUCACGACCCGAAGAAGGUCGACUACUGUAACAAUAUUGUCCUAUCGCCAUUUACACCCUCAAUGAACACAUCGUCAGCAUACGAUUGGCUGGGGUUUCAGCUGUCUUGGUAAGAACUCACUGGACUAAUCUCGGUGCGCAGACGAUCUAUGCGCAACCCGUGAUGUUGGUGGUAUCCGUUGCAAUGGCAACCGCCGGAGUGUAUAUGCCUUCAUUGCUUUGGUAUCAUCUACGAGUAUGACGUAAUUGAUAGACUUUGAUAUAAUUGGAUAUGAUUGGUCAAUACACAAAACAGUGGUAACUUUACUCAAUUUGAUUACUCUUCACA